GCCAAGUUUUCUGGCGGGGUUCAUGGGUUUGGUACCCGUUUAUAUAAGGCCAUCGCUGCAGCUUCGCCUGGGGGCACACCCGGAGCCGAUAUCAUCGCAGAUGUACUUGGGGUCGCCAUUAGACAUCCCACUGGUAUGGUAGCCUCUGUCAUGGUUGUGAGAGAACCUGAUUACUUGCGGUUCACCAGUGUUGUUGCGCAUAUAUGCAACUUGCAUAAACAGUUGUCUAUUGUGUGA